AUGCAGUCAAACCAAAGGCACAAGGCUCUUGCGCCCAAAUUGAGCCUCGUCACGUCCCUUGCGUCGCGGCCUAGGAACGAGGUUCCGCACUCAACCACCACUAGCCCUCUGGCCAAGCCACUCAUUUCCACGGAUCCAAACGCCCAAAGGCCAGAGUUGCACUCGCUGAGCACGUCCCCGAAGCUGACUGUGACCCGCAACGUCAAUGCUUCGUUUUUAGAUGACCCGACGCCAAUCGAACCCGACAUGGCCGACCAACACGCGUCUAGAGGCAGAGGCCGAGUCCGGGACUCUCACGACCUCUCGCUGUCCCCCCGCAACGUCACCCGGGACUCGCUUGUGAAUAACAUGCUCCUAUCCCUCGACCAGUUCUCAUUGGGACACACCACAUCCACAUCCACAUCUACAUCCGCAGGCGGCUUGUUUGGCGGCACCGCGCUGACAUACGACGACCCGCGGCCCUGGGCCCACGACACCAACACCUUUUCCCGCGGAUUCCCACCACCCUCGAGAUCGAGGCACCAGUACUCGUACAGCUCCGACUACGAAGACGACUCGAACCGAACCUCGGUCCAGCUGCCCAGGCCACGGAGCCGGAGUCCUCCUCGACCAAGGAGCAACAGCAGCUCCAUCUUCCAGGCGCCCUAUCCCAGGGUCGACGGCCCAGGAGAUCCCGCCCACCGCUCUCGACCCCGAGCCGGCACCAAGGACAGCACCAGCAGCGCCAGCAUCGACGCGGGUUACCCUCAGAACAUUGCUGGCCCUUCCAGCUGGGCCCGUAGCGGCUUCAGGCGCUCGGCGAGCUUUGAUUUCGGGCCGCCGCAGACGCAAACGCAGCUCAAUGCGUCAUUGAUGUCCCCGUUCCACCUCGACUUCCCGAACAACUCUGCAUCUGACGACUACGGUUCCGCACCAACGCCCACAAUCCCUGGGGGGCCACGACGUGUAGCCUCCAACUUGGCUCUUCCUCGUCCACCAGCCGAUCCAACUGAUUUCUCGGGUCUGGACACUCGUUCCGUCAAAAGCUCUUCGGGCCGCACCAAACGGCCGGUAAACCACCAAUUGGUAGCACCUGCCAUGGCCUUAAGCGACUUCGAUGCCGCCCCGGCACCUAGCGUUAGCUAUGGCAAGUCUAAAACAGAUCAGCUUGCUGCCUCCCAGACUGCCGGGGGACUUUCCCAGCCCAAAGAGAAGCCGGGUUUCUUCAGGCGUGUUUUCGGCUCCUCCAAGAAUACCACACCCGCCGCUGCGGAUGCUCCGACUCCACGCUUCAUCGGCCAAGUGAGCAACGCGGUCGCCCCUAUCCAGAAAGAGAUUCCACAGCCGCCGCCACCGCAGCAGCAGCAGCCUACCCCUGUAUUACAGAAGAAGCCGUCGUCCUUCUUCCGUCGCCGGAAGAAGUCAGUUGUUGAUGAGGCGCCGCCACUACCGGGUGAAGUGCCUCCGCUUCCCUCCUUCGAUGCUAACCUCCAUACCGAUUUCGACCGACCCCCAGCAAGCCCUGCCAGUAGCCUAAGGCAAAUCAUGAAUCCAUACCUGCGGGAGAGCACAGGGCGCCCUCUUGGCGAUAUUACCAACAAAGCAGCUGCCAGAGGAGUUGACGAUGACGAUGAUGACGACCGACCAGAUUUCCAGCGAGACUUCUCACCUGACUAUGAGCCAAGUCCCAAUGCAAAGAUUAGAACGGUCCACUCUGAUUCUGACCGAGACCAAUCAUCCUCUGAUGGUCCCAGACGCCCUCAGAAAGGACUUGAACACAGGAACAAUUCCUUCUUGGAUCUUGACGGGGGCAGUGAUAAUGAGGACUCUCCCAUUCGGCAGCGGGCUACAUAUUCAGCAGACGAUAAGGAGAAUGAUGGAAUAUUGGCCUCUCCUACUGCAUACAAGAACAGGGACUCUACGGGUACCAUUCGCGCCAAGAAAUCGCCGUAUGUUGCCGAACAAGAAAAAUCAAGUGACGCACCUGUUCGUCCCAAGAUAACAAUACCGACUGAUCGCCGGUCGACUUCCUUUGCCUCGGCAUCGACCGAUGACGGAGACUACAAAACCGCCCCCAGUGCACCGCCCAGUGUCCGCGUCGAAAGAUCCAGUGAGUCAAGUGCCAGGGGAACACUUGACAUGCUCAAGAGUCGCUUGGAUGAACCCGAAUUCGUCAUUGGCGAGCCUACCGAAGAUGAUCGACAGAAGGCGCAAAAGAUAUUCGAUGGAGCGGAAGACUUCAUCCCCAAGGAGAAGGCUGCUUCUUGGAUGGGCGAAGAAGGCCCUAUUCGCCAGCGGACUCUGCAGGCGUAUAUUGAAUUGUAUGACUUCACAGAGCUGAGCAUCCUCAAUGCGCUACGUAAAGUGUGUGGCCGUUUGAUACUGCGCGGUGAGACACAGCAAGUCGAUCGCAUCUUGGUGGCCUUUUCCAAGCGAUGGUGUGAUUGCAAUCCGAACCACGGCUUCAAAGCGACUGACGUCAUCCACACCAUUUGCUACUCUAUCAUGCUUCUUAACACUGAUCUCCAUCUUGCCGAUAUUGAACAAAAGAUGACUCGCAGCCAAUUCGUGAAGAAUACUCUGACAACAAUUACCCAAGCUGUUGAAGAGUCUGUCCCUGAUGCCUUUGAGCGCCCCAGUAUCCUGCCCGAGAAAGGCUCCGUGCUCCAUGAUGGAGCGCGGCCAGCAGCUGAGCCGCAAGAGCGGAAAACUUUCAGGAACUCAUUCAGACCUCCCCCUCGCACCGAUACACAGCUGUCAGACGCCCACGACGAGUGUGGACCGCUUGUUAAGACGGCCUUUUAUGGUUCAAUGAAAGCUUGGGAAGAGCAAAUCGAGAUAGUUUUGAAGAGCAUUUAUAACUCGAUUCGAGAUGACAAACUGCCAUUGUUUGGUGCGGAGCCAGAGAGGCACCUCAACACCAUGCCAUCGCAAAGCAGUCUGUCCGUCAUGGGAAUGCUCAAGAGGAGUCCCAGUGUUCUCAGCAAGGCACCAUCGGAAGGCCAAAUGUCGACACGAGGCCGGGUUGCAGAUAACAGCCGCAACGGAGGCUCGCGAUGGGCCUCCAAGAGCCGGUCACGGCCUGGGCUUGGACGUAAUGGAUUUAACUCUAGCCGAACCAGCUUCGACGACUCGAAUUCUCUCUGGAGCCCAGCCAUGUCAUCAGCAACUUGGAGCCGCUACUCGCUGGGGAGAACACAAGGCUCCAUGUCUCAGGACUCGUUUGGCUCAGCAGUGCCCCGAGGUGAUUAUCAGCAAUCUAUUGGGUUUGCAAAUGCUCUCAGCCAGGCCAUUGUCCGUGAUGACGACGCGCACGGCAAUGAUGGCAUGUCCAUCAUGAGCGCUGAAGUACCUGCCACUCAACUGCUGGACGACGAAUCCCUAGAAUUGGCGGGCCCUCCCUGGAUUAAAGAAGGCAGAGUCAUGCACAAGCAUCAUCUGGAUGGAGUUGGCAAGAGAGCAAAGGACCGAAACUGGACCGAAGUCUUUGCCGUCAUCCAAAGGGGUCAGAUGAGCAUCUUCUCGUUCAAUGCGCCCAAGUCGACGCGGCAAAAGAGCCGCACAAGGAAUGCCGAAAAGGCCAACGCUCCUGUUGGAGGUGGUAACUGGCAGGACAAUGCCGUAAACCUGGGCACGUUUAACUUGCGACUCACCCUCGCGUCAGCACUCCCGUCUCCUGGCUAUUCGCGGUCGAGGCCGUACGUGUGGGCGCUGAGCUUGCCCACGGGGGCCGUUCACCUAUUCCAGGUCGGAACUCCCGAGAUUAUAAAGGAGUUCGUGAAUACGGCCAACUACUGGAGCGCGCGGCUGAGCACGCAUCCGCUCAUCGGUGGCAUAAGCAACAUCGAAUACGGAUGGAGUGACGGCGUUGUCAACAACUCGCUCGUAAACGCCAUCAAUGACAACGCUUCCAUCAUGAGUGGCGGCCGGAACUCGCGCCCUGGUAGCCGAGCCACCCAUGGUCGGCAAAACAGCGUUCAAAGCGUCAACCUGCCUUCUUCCAGCAUGGACCAUGGUUCUGGAGCCUUCACCAGUGGACGUGGAAAACUACCGGGGGAUCGCAUCACUAUUUCAGAGUGGGCGCCGCCAACACAGAGCAUGCGACCGAGCAACUUGGCGGAACCGGAGCAGCUAGAGACGCUCUCAACAUAUGUCAAGAGCAUCGAGGAUGAUUUACAAAACCACAACCAACUUCGCAGCCCCAUGCUCCUCGCCUUCACUCCCAGAGGCAACAACGCGAACAAGGCCAUGGCGAACUGGGAACGCAAGAGCGCAUACCUGCUUAGGGAGAUUGUCAAGUUCAGAACCUACGUGGAAACUCUGCAGCAAUCGGAGAGUAGGAGACGGGAGAUUUAUAAAGAGCGAGACUUGGCUAGACGAGCGGCCAGGGGUGAGCUCAGUGACGGCGAUAUGGACGUCAGCGACGAAGAUGGUGAUGAGACGCUGCGACCUUGA